UAUACAUAUAAUUUCUACCUUUUCAUUUUUUAAACUUUGAAAGAAAAAGAAAUUUAAACUACUCUCUUGGCCGGUCUUAAAUUCAAGUAACACUUUAAUUGUAGCUAGUCUAGCUAUAUUGGAACUGGUAUUCACUUACUAAAGCAAUGGAACCUUGGCUACCAGAACUUGAAAUGCAAGAUCAUCAAGGGUUCAUGAAUCAAUAUCAGAUGAACAGACCUUAUCAUCCUUUAAUGGAGGAUUUCAGUGUUGAUUCAUUUUCAUCAGAAAGCUACACGGAAACUCCACCUUUCUUAGAUCAAUCUUUUCAAACUCGUAAACAUAUCGAAGAGUCGCCAAUUGAUAUGAAGCAGCCGUUUAGUAUCAUAAAGGCUAAUAGUACUAAUAACAAAAAGUUCUCUCCAACUGAAAAACCGAAGCCAAAGCUAGCUCCUGAUACUCCUAAUACUUUCACUAUUUCCUUUGGGGAUAUAAAGCCUAAAGACGAGAUCCUUUCUUUUGGUGAUUCCUAUGGUUGCACGCUCGCCGGUUCCAAAAAGAGUCCGACCAUGAUCAGAAAUCCGAUUCAGGUUCAAGAUCAUGUAUUGGCUGAAAGGAAGAGAAGAGAAAAAUUGGCUCAACGAUUCGUUUCUUUGUCUUCCCUCCUUCCUGAUUUGAAGAAGAUGGAUAAGGCAACUGUAUUAGAAGAUGCCGCUAGUUACAUCCAAGAACUUCAAAGUCGUGUGAAAGAGCUCGAAGGAAUUUCGGGCUUAAAAAGGAGAAACAUGCAAGAAUCGGAUAUAUCUGCUAAGAGAUCUAGGCUAAGUUGUAGCGACGAAGAUGGUUCUUCUUCUAACGAAACGAACUUUGAAGAAAGUAGUAGUCCUUGUGAUCCAGAGAUUGAAGUGAGGACUUCGGAAUGCAGUCUACUAGUUGAAAUCUAUAGCCGUAAAAAUUGUGUAUCGAUAGUGAAAGUGCUAAGUGAGAUGCAGAAAUUUGGUUUAGCUGUCAUAAGUUGCAGCACCAUGCCUUUUGCUGAUACCACUCUUCUUAUCACCAUUGUUGCUCAGAAGAAUGAUGACUUCAUCAUGCCAACGACGGAUCUAGUGAAGAACCUGCAACUAGCUAUUCGAACGGGAAAUUAACAAGUAACAAUAUUUCUAGAGCAUUAUAUAUGUUCGUUUGUUUUCGCUUUUACUAGCUUGGAGUGCUGAAUCGACUACGUACGUACACUGGGGAACACAACUUUUGUUAUUCAGCAAUCAACUCUCACAUAUGUAAUUCAAAUGUGCAUAUGUGUCAACUUAAUUAUCAUUUCCUGCGAUCCAUCAUCCACAUAUGUACUCCUCCAAGGAGUCAUAAACAGUACGUCGCAAUUAAUGCGCUGAAAAGUAAUUAAGUUAUAAGUUGAAGUUAAUGAGAAUCCUUGUUCUUAAUUA